AUGGUCCUCACAGGAGAAGAACGUGCUGUACACUUGGCCCGAGAGGCUGUUGAACUCGUUGACGCGGGCCACCGUGAGGCCGCCUCCCGUAACCUCCGUGAAGCCCUGUCGAUUGCCCCCGAAAACCCUCAAGUCAAAGCUGCUUUCCUGAAAGUGCAGCAAGAGGACAACGAGGGUCAUCAGUUACUGGACCUUGUUCGAAAAUACACACAGAACGAUGAGAAUGCAGGGAAAGAAGCCGCGGCUUAUCUCCGCACAGAUGGAUUAAAGUCGCCAGAAGGGGUCGCACUGGAAUCUUUGAAAUUAUUACUUGCACAGCGACCGCAAUCCCUGUCGCCGACACAGGAUGACAUCAUCUCCGGGUUGGUGCGACAGAACGCCAGCGUGAGGCAGUACUUCUCCACCCAGCUCCAAACUUCUGUCACCGCAUUUUUCGAUGAGAUCUACGACCGAGGCGAUGGGGCAGCGGUGUGUCUUGAUACAGUUGUCCUGGAUCCCACGGUGUGGACCUCGGAAGAAACCCGCUCCCAUUGCGAGAGUGAGCUAUUCCAAUUGUUUAUUGCCAAGCUCAUGGAAUCUGGGCAUGAUCUCGACGGACGUUCGUUGAAGGGAAUAACAAGACUACUGGCUGUUCAUGCCGAAGAACUCAAGCAUUUGAUUGACAAUGAAGGAUUUGAGGUCAUUCUAUCGUCCUUGGACUAUCGGUUGCCACUGGAGGUGCGCAGCCAGGCCACGUUGGCUACUGCCAAGUACUUGGAGGUCGCCAAGGAAGCCGGAGAGAAGAAAUUCCUGACUCUGAUCAUGUCGAUCAUCGGCAAAGGUCGCAUCGACGAUCUAAUCGUGGCUUUCUCUGCACUGGCCGCUAUUUUCCCUGUGGCCCCCACGGCCGCAGCAAACCUGUUCUUGUCCGAUGAAUUCAUGGCCCAUCUUCAGCCAUUGGCAAAUCGAGAAGCCAAGAGCAAGAAAGUCGAUCUACCGGUGCUGGAGCUGCUCAAUGCGGCAUGCAUCAACCGUCCCUGUCGUGAGGCUGUCUCCAAGAAGUUUGGAGAGUGGCUAUCACACAACUUAACCAAUGGCAGCGAUGCUUGUUCGGAACUAGCAGCGGUGGCUCUGGCGAAGAUCCGGGCAUCUGAGCCGGAUAAGCCCUCCACUGGCAACGGUAAGGUCUUGGAGGAUGAUAGCGAGUCUGAGCUCGUUCACCGUUUCAAAGGACUGAUGUCUGAAAGCAAGGUUGAGAACAGUUCCCACGCAAUCGAAGGCUUAGCCUACACCUCGGUCAAGCCAGCCGUCAAGGAAGAGCUCGCCAAUGAUCCCACGUUCCUCCGGAAUUUCAUUGCGACCAUGAAGAAGAACAGCUCUGACUCCUCGGUACUAUACGGCGGUCUGAUGAUCGUCCUGAACAUCACGAAAUUCCUACCUAACCUCUCUGAAGAGCAGAAGAAGAUGUCGCAACUGAAGGACUACGCGGACGCAUCUGCAGGAAAGAACAAAGCAGCGGCCGCACCAGAUGCUCGGGAUGAAGAAGACGCCGUCCUGGCAAGAUGUGCCGCAGUGAUUGAUGCCGGCAUCAUGGCUUUGUUGGUUGAGUGUGGUCGAAUCGCGUUACCCUCCACCAAUGAACUCACGGCCAAGAUCCUACAAGCUUUGACAAGGCCUCAAAAGUCCCGCGGUGCACUCGCCCAGCAAGGUGCAGUCAAGCUUUUACUUGGCCUUGCAGCCCCAAAGCAAAGUAGCUCUGGCCCUGUCACGAACGAAACGACACGGAUUGCCUCCCACGCGCUGGCCCGAAUUCUCAUCUCCGUUGACCCUUCGCACGUCUUCCCAUCAUCUGGGUUCCCUCAAGUGACAUCCGCCGUCCGUCCUCUCCUCUCUCUUCUUUCCUCCCCCGAGACUCUGUCUUUCUCCGCCGACCAACCUCGCGAUCUUCUCCCCGUGUUUGAGAGUCUCCUCGCUCUGACAAACCUCGCUUCUUACCCCCACGAUGAUUCUGCCCCGGAACUCACCGUCCGAGAAGGGUGGUCUGCAGUGGAAGACCUGCUUCUCUCUAGCAACGCCCGCAUUCAGCGCGCGGCCUGCGAACUGGUCUGUAACUUGAUGACCUGCGAGUCUGGCAUCGUCAAGUUCGCCGAUGGCUCCAAAGCAGCUUCCCAGCGUCUCCACAUUCUCCUCGCUCUGACUGAUGCCGACGACUUGGCUACUCGGCGUGCUGCUGGUGGCGCUCUUGCUAUGUUGACAGAUUUCGAUGCCGCCAUCGCCGCUGUUUUGGAUCGACCCCGGGGCGUAGAACUUCUCCUAGGGUUAUGCCAGGAGGACGACGACGCCCUCGUGCAUCGCGGGGUGGUCUGUGUGCGCAACCUCACCUGCGUCGCGACAGGUGACAUCGGAUCUCGCGCGAAAGCGGCCGUUCGCACUGCAGGGGGAAUUGAAACACUCACCGCUUGUAUCAAGAAAACGAAGACGCAAGCAGUGCUACAGAUUGCGGUGGAGGCUUUGAAGCCCCUGGUUCAGUAA